AUGGAAAAUCAGCCCCGAAGAGAAGUUGGGGUGAACUUGAACGAUAUUGUUGGUGAUCCAGGAAAACGCAAGCCAAUUGAAGAGUUCGAUGUUUCAAUUCGAGAUAGAAAAUCAGAUAAAGGGGGUCGACAAUCAGAUGAUGCUUUUACAAAGACAGGUUGUAGCAACUGGAAAAAUGCAUUAGAAAGAUUCAAUUAUCAUGUUGGAGGCGUGAAUAGUUGUCAUAAUAAUGCUAGAAUUCAGUUCGAAGCUUUUCAAGAUCAAAGGAACAGUGUGGAAAGUAUAUUACGGUCAAAUACCCGUGAGAUGGAAGUUGCAUAUCGCAUUCGGUUGACAGUCUCAUUGAAUGUGACUCGGUUUCUCUUAAAGCAAGGAUUAUCUUUUCGUGGACAUGAUGAGUCAAGUAGUUCUUCAAAUCGAGGUAAUUUUAUUGAGUUGCUUCUAUGGUUUAGUGGACUUAACGAUGAUGUAUCCAAAACUUUGUUUGCAAAUGCUCCUGCUAACAAUCAAAUGAAUUCACCACGAAUUCAAAAGGAAUUAGCAAACGCUUGUGCUUCAGAGGUUACACUUGCCAUAGUUAAUGAUAUUGGAGAUAAAGUUUUCACUCUUUUGGUUGAUGAGGCUCGAGACGUUUCAAUGAAGGAGCAGAUGGGAGUUGUUUUAAGAUAUGUGAAUAACGAAGGAUAUGUGAUUGAGCAAUUUAUUGGAAUCGUGCAUGUAACUGACACUUCCUCUCAUACUUUGAAAUGUGCUAUUGAUGAUUUAUUGGUGAAGCAUAAUUUAUCUCUAUCUAAAGUGAGAGGGCAAGGAUAUGAUGGAGCUUCUAAUAUGAGGGGUGAGUUUAAUGGAUUGAAAUCCUUAAUAUUGCAAGAAAAUCCAUAUGCCAUGUAUAUUCAUUGUUUCUCUCAUCAACUCCAACUAAUUAUUGUUGCGGUUGCCAAGGGUAUUAGAGUUGUGAAGGAUGUUUUUAGCUAUGUGACUAUGUCUCCAUGA